AUGCGAUCUUCACAAAUAGAUAGCUCCAAUGACCAAGUACGUGUGCCGAAUGUUAUUGCACUGGUUGGAUUGCCGGCAAGAGGAAAAACGUAUAUCUCUCAUAAGCUAUGUCGUUAUUUGAAUUGGAUUGGCAUCAAAACGAAAGCGUUCAAUGUCGGAGAGUAUCGUCGCAAAGCAUGUAGCCUGGACGCUGGAGGGGAAUCUGAUUUCUUCAGUCCAAACAACGUUAUAGGAACACAAAUACGAGAUGAGUGCGCUCGUUUGGCUAUUGAAGACAUGGCACGCUAUUUAGAUACCAAAGAGGGUGAAGUAGCGAUUUUGGAUGCUACGAACACAACUCGCACCCGUCGACGUUACCUCAUUGAGUAUUGCCAACGUGAAGAACUGUCACAAAGUUUUCGCGUUUUCUUCAUUGAAAGCGUAUGCGAUGAUCCAGAUAUUAUCAACUCGAACAUUACGGAAGUCAAGAUCAAUUCACCGGACUACAAAGGAAAAAUGACCCAAGAACAAGCGAAAGAGGAUUUUGUUAGAAGAAUUGAGAACUAUAGACUACAAUAUGAGCCGAUCGACGAGGAUAUUGACGAUGAGCUAUCAUUUAUCAAGGUGAUUAAUGCAGGCAAGUCAUUCUACGUCCAUAAUGUCAAAGGUCAUAUCCAAAGCAGGGUUGUAUACUUUUUGAUGAACAUUCAUCUGUUACCUCGCAGUAUCUAUCUCACUCGUCAUGGAGAAAGCGAGUACAACCGUAUAGGAAGAUUAGGAGGUGACAGUCCAUUAAGUGAAAAUGGCCUAGCAUAUGCCCGAAAACUACAGGAGUAUUUUAAGAAGGAAGAUCUGGGAGAUUUGAGAGUUUGGUCAUCGCAAAAGAUACGCGCUGCACAGACAGCGACAUGUAUGCGUGAAUUGGCCACCCAUGUUGAGUACUGGAAAGUACUUGAUGAGAUUGAUGCGGGCAUUUGCGAAGGAUUGACCUAUGAAGACUUUGAAGAGCGGUAUCCGAAGCAAUUUGCUGAACGAGAUCGAGACAAAUAUCAUUACAGAUAUCCAAGUGGUGAAAGUUAUGAAGACCUGGUGGCUCGACUGGAACCUGUUAUUAUGGAACUUGAGCGCCAGUCAGAUGUUCUCGUUAUUUCCCAUCAGGCGGUCCUUCGAUGCAUUCUGGCUUAUUUUACCAACAAAAACCGUGAAGAGUUACCAUACCUCAAAGUUCCGCUCCAUACUGUAAUCAAGCUCACACCGAAAGCGUAUUCCUGUGAAGUCGAACUGUUUAAAUUCGACAUUCAGGCAGUGAAUACAUAUCGUGAAAAGCCUGGACAACCGGUUAGUUGA